GCACCAUGCGGUGUCUGGAGUUCAGUCAGUGAGAGGAAGCGUUCUGUGUGCUUCGGGCUGUUUUACGUGCGCAAAAUACUAAAUAACCACUGUGCGUAUAUAUUCAAGAAAAUCACCCUUUUUCUGACAGCUACAGAUAGACUUGUGCCAGAAUGUGCGGUUGUCGCUGACGACCUCCUCAGCAGCUGUCUCUGUGUGUGGACUUUGACGGGGACGGUGGACAAGGACAAAAUGCCACUACGGAAAUCAGUCACUCAGCGCUGUUUCGGACGGGGGAAAAAACAACACUGAUCGACUUUUCAGUAUCCACUUUGGAUCUACCUUACUGUACAUGUGGGAUUUUUUCUUCUAAUAGAGUCUUUCUUCGAACAGUUUUCCUUCCUGAAGAACGGUGACUCACUGCAGGCAGAAGGAGAGCCGCUGCAUCCUAAUCAAACAGCGGAAAGGACUUCAGCUCAUUGACAUUACAGUCAUACUUUUCUGGAGCACUUUUUUUUUUAUUUCCACUGCGCUGCACUGUAGCCUGCGUGUGCAUCUGAGGCUUGUGGCUUUUUUCCUGCACAGAGAGGGGAAAGAGGAUGCGGGUGGUACCUACCGAAGUGGUUAGGGGAUGGAACUCUCCCUGAACCCUGCUGGAACUGACUGUUUUGAUUUUUACAGCUAUAUAUAUAUUUAUUUGGACUAUUACAGCAGUUUCUUUUGGUCUUAUGAGUGAACACUUACAACAAUGACUAUUCUGUUUGGAGACUGGAUCACGAUUAUUGUUCAGAUGAGUCUGGGCGCUCAGCUGAAUAUAAAUUAGGUGUUCAGCACCACAGAUUGCUGGAAGAGGAAGAGAGAGACAGAGCAAAGACAAAUGCCAAGGCCUCACAUGAUGAACAGAACUCUUUAUUUGAUCCUGAAUAAUAGAAAUACCAAAUUUGAACAACAUAUCAACAGGUCAAAGAAGGUGUAAAAACAACACAUAUUAUAGCAGCUUUUACAGAGUGGGGAUGUAUCUUUCUAUUUUCUUUUUCCUCCUCUUAUGGGCUCAAGCCCUGACAUUGAAAAACUUGAAUUACUCUGUCCCAGAGGAACAGGGUCCGGGGACAGUGAUUGGGAACAUUGCCAAAGAUGCCAGACUCGGACUUGAACAGACUGGGCAGGCAGGUCAGGGUAAGAAAGCCAACUUCAGGGUGCUGGAGAAUUCAGCUCCGCAUCUCAUUGACGUGGACCCCCAAAGCGGACUGUUGUACACAAAGCAGCGCAUCGACAGGGAAACAUUGUGUAAGAGAAACCCCAAGUGCCAGCUCUCCAUGGAGGUGUUUGCCAAUGACAAGGAGAUCUGCAUGAUCAAAAUAGAUAUUCAGGAUAUUAACGACAACUCACCCACUUUCCCUUCAGAUCAGAUUGAUAUUGACAUUUCUGAAAACGCAGUGCCAGGGACACGCUUUCCCCUGACCAGCGCGCAUGACCCAGAUGCAGGGGAAAACGGCUUGAAAACCUAUCAAAUAACACGCGACGACUACAAUCUCUUUUCCUUGGAGGUAAAAUCCCGUGGGGACGGGACUAAAUUCCCAGAAUUAGUUAUUCAACGACCACUGGACCGAGAAGAACGAAGCCAUCACACCCUUAUUUUGUCAGCCACUGAUGGGGGGGAAUAUCCUAGAUCAGGUACCAUGCAGAUUAAUGUUAAAGUUAUUGAUUCCAAUGAUAACAGCCCUGUGUUUGAUCAGCCCUCAUAUGUUGUGGAAAUUCCUGAAAAUUCACCUCCUGGUAAAGUCCUGAUUGAUUUAAAUGCCACUGAUCCUGAUGAGGGCAACAAUGGACAAGUAGUCUAUUCUUUUAGUGGCUAUGCCCCAGAGAGAAUCCGGGAGCUCUUCUCCAUAGAUUCCAGAACAGGGGUCAUAAAGAUUCAGGGAGAAAUUGACUAUGAAGAGAGCCCAGUUAUUGAGAUUGACGUCCAGGCCAAGGAUCUAGGUCCCAAUCCAAUCCCAGGUCAUUGUAAAGUCACUGUUAAAGUGCUUGACAGGAAUGAUAACUGGCCAUCUAUAGGCUUUGUGUCUGUGAGGCAGGGAGCCAUCAGCGAGGCAGCACCUUCAGGCACUGUCAUUGCUCUGGUUCGUGUCACAGACAAGGACUCCGGCAGGAAUGGGCAGCUUCAGUGCAGAGUGCUGGGUAAUGUCCCUUUUAAACUUGAGGAGAACUAUGAUAACUUCUAUACAGUGGUGACAGACAGGCCCUUGGACAGAGAGGUGCAGGAUGAGUACAAUGUCACCAUUGUGGCCAAAGACAAUGGCAUUCCUCCUCUAAACUCCACAAAAUCCUUCACUGUAAAGAUUCUGGAUGAGAAUGACAAUGUUCCUCGCUUUACCAAGUCAGUUUACCUUCUUCAGAUACCUGAGAACAACAUCCCUGGAGAGUACCUAGGUUCAGUUCUGGCACAUGACCCAGACCUUGGCCAGAAUGGCACAGUGUACUACAGCAUAAUCAACUCCAAUGUGAGUGGGGGUGAUGUCAACACCUAUGUUAAUGUGAACGCUGCUAAUGGAGCCAUCUAUGCUGUGAGAUCUUUUAACUAUGAGCAAAUAAAGUAUUUUGACUUUAAGGUUCUUGCUAAAGAUGCAGGAUCUCCACACCUGGAGAGCAACGCUACAGUGCGCAUCAGUGUUCUGGAUGUCAAUGACAACAUCCCUGUCAUUGUUCUGCCCCUACUCCUAAACGACACAGCUGAAAUCCAUGUGCCACGUAAUGUUGGUGUUGGCUACAUUAUCACUACAGUGAGGGCGGUGGAUAAUGACUAUGGUGAGAGUGGGAGGCUCACCUAUGAGAUCUCAGAUGGCAAUGAGGAGCACCUCUUUGAGAUUGAUCCGGUGACUGGGGAAGUGCGAACAGCCCACCCAUUCUGGGACGAUGUGAGCCCCAUUGUGGAGCUGAUUAUCCGAGUAUCGGACCAUGGUAAGCCAACUCUCACUGCUGCAGCCAGGCUCAUCAUCAAGGCCUCCGACGGACGUCCACCUGAUGGACUGCCACACACGAAGGACAAUCAGAACUGGGACAUGUCCCUGCCUCUUAUUGUAACUCUAAGCAUCAUAUCCAUCAUGCUUCUGGCUGCCAUGGUGACCAUAGCGAUCAAGUGCAAGCGGGAAAACAAGGAGAUCCGUACCUAUAAUUGUCGCAUUGCAGAGUACUCGCACCCUCAGCUGGGGAAAGGCAAGAAGAAGAAGAUUAACAAGAAUGACAUCAUGCUGGUGCAGAGCGAGGUGGAGGAGCGGGAUGCCAUGAAUGUGAUGAAUGUGGUAAGCAGCCCUUCCUUGGCCACCUCUCCCAUGUACUUUGACUACCAGACACGUCUGCCACUCAGCUCACCAAGGUCAGAGGUCAUGUACCUCAAGCCCACUGCCAAUAACCUCAGCGUGCCCCAAGGCCACGUGGGAUGCCACACCAGCUUCACAGGCCCAGUCACCAGCACUACAGACACACCUACUAACCGCAUGUCCAUCAUACAGACGGACAAUUUCCCCACUGAGCCUAAUUAUAUGGGUAGCAGACAACAGUUUGUUCAAAGUAGUUCGACAUUCAAAGACCCAGAGCGAGCAAGCCUCAGAGACAGUGGUCAUGGUGACAGCGACCAGGCUGACAGCGACCAGGACACCAACAAAGGCUCCUGCUGCGAUAUGUCUGCAAAAGAAGCCCUCAAGUUGAAGGCUACAGGCGUGAAACCACCACCUUUGGAGCAAGAUGAGGAUUGUGUGAAUUGUACGGAGGAGUGCAGAGUGCUGGGUCAUUCUGAUCGCUGCUGGAUGCCCCAGUUCCCCGCUGGAGGAAACCAGGCAGAGGGCAUCGACUACCACAACAAUAUGUUUGUUCCAGCAGGGAUGGAGACUGUGCCCGAGACAGAGACCUACGAAACUGUCAACCCGAAUGGCAAGAAGACGUUCUGUACUUUUGGAAAAGAGAGGCGUGACCACACAAUUCUGGUGGCCAAUGUCAAGCCCUACUUGAAGGCGAAACGUGCCCUCAGUCCACUGCUCCAAGAGGUACCCUCAGCCUCGAGCAGUCCUACCAAGGGCUGCUCUACCAUGUCUCCCUGCUCCUCAGUCAAAAGCCCAGCUGAUGGGGCUGAAGGCAAACCUCCUCCUGCUACCUGCUCUGGCCACUACGGGCCUCCUGAUGGUCAGUACCUGUCACCAACCAAACAAGCCAGAGACCAGGGGGUCUACCCACCCUUGCCUCCCUCAGACCCAGUUGCCAAGGUGCUCGCAGAGGCCCGCUCCAGGAUCAGCCAAGAGGCAACAGGUGAAAUGGAGUGUGUCCUGGAGCAGGUGGAGCCCGAUGCGAACCGUGACAGAAUGGACGCUGACCAGGUGGUGAGAGACAUCGACAAAUUAUUGCAGGACUGCAGAGGAAGUGAGGCCACUGGCACACUCAGGAAGUGACACAGAGGACUGCAGCAAAAUGAAGUGGGGAGGUAGACAUGUCUCAUGUCAAAACUGUCACCACAACAAAUCAAAAAUGUUAAAUGGCUCUUUUCACUGAAUUCCAGUACUGACACUGGAUGGAUAAAAGGAACAUUUAUUAUGUUAGUAAUUUGGCACCACUUUUGGUGCUAAGAUCCUUACCAACGAAAAGGAACUGGGUAACAAACAUCUGAAUUCUGCUGAAUUUAUAAACUCUUUUUGUUUUGGAUUCUUAAGCAAAUUGCAGAGGCUUAUGCCUCUGGCACCUCGCAAGCUAUUAUCUAAGUGCCCACCAGCUCAUAAGUGUGUUGUUCAUGGUCUCUCGUGAAAUCCUACAUAUCUAAGUGUGUGUAGGUGGAUUUCUGUUAUGUGUGAUGGCCAUAGAAACUGAAUGAAAAAGGACUAUUUAUGGUCAGACACGACAAUCGAUGCAGAAACAGAGAAAUAAAUUCUAAUCUGUUUGGGACAGUGAAAGAUCAAAAUACACAACAACAAACUUCUGACUUUAAUCUAGGUGUUUAAUGUGUGAUGGAUCCUGUUUUUGAACAUGAGGAGAUUGGUUAAUCAGGUUAAUCGGUGUGUUUGCAGGGGUUUGGUUAUGGACUUAUGGUUGGAGGGGCUUAAAUGCUACGCUGAGGGAGAAUUAUUAACAGUGUAACCAUGUUUCACCUGUCAUUUGUAGCCACAUGUGUAAGUUGUGUCUGUCUCACGCCUCUAUUUAAACAUUCAUGUUGCUGACUGGUGUAGAUGCACGCACCAAUUUUUACACAUGUGCUCUACACUUUGGGCAUACACAUGCUGACACACUCGCAUGCACUGAUGCCCCUACAUACACGCAAAACACACACACACACACACACACACUAAAGCUUACACACAACUGGCCAUCUGUGUAAUUGUCUUAUUCAUGAACAUCAUCAGCUUUCAGUCCCUUGUGUACAGUGAAUUAUCAUGUGUGUGACUAUGCCUUAAGGCAAUCACAAGUUGUAUAAAAAGGGACAUUUUUCCUCAACUGUGAAAAAAUUAUAUCUAUAUGAUUAUAUAGAUGAUUAUAUGUAUGAAUCCAUGUAUAGUGUCCAAAUAUUAACAAAAUAUUUAUACAUUUUUUAAGAAAAAAAGAAAUGAGGAAUCUCAGCAAAAAGUGUCCUCGAGUUAAGGUAAAGUACGGGGUAUUAACUCAAAGAACUGUAAAGGACACUGCCAUUGUUUCGAAGACAAAUAUCCAAAAACAUAACAAACAAGAAAAUGUCCCUUCACAUUAUCACUAUACAUAAUAUCAUUAUAUGUGUAAAUGUAUCCAAUUUAGAUGUGUUUACAUCAAAAAAUUGACAUAUUUUUAUUGAUUUUACUGCAAUUUCUGUGCAUUUGAGCCAAAUUGUUAUGUGUACAAAAGCUAUAUUGUGUAUUUUAUUAAAUUAAUAUAUAGUUGUGUUGCAAUAUACAUGGGCUUAUAUUGUAUUUGGCAAAAGUUGCCUUAGUAGCUGUCGAACUCUGUGAGUUUGCUUUAGUUUGGGUUUUUGUGUUUUUUUUCCUCUCUAUUCUGCAUCUUUGCAGGCUGGCUUCAGUGCUUUUGAGAUGUCGCCUCUUUUUACCCUGAGAUCCAGCUGGAUCAAAUACAGUAACUGUUGAAAGCUUAAUGAGCCAGCUGAUCUAGAAUACAAUUCAAACCAACAACAAAAAGCAACAACCACAAGAUAACAGUUUGAAUAUUUUUACUGAGCAGAUUUUUACAGGGCAGCUAUUUUCUUUAACAAUAACUAGUAUGCGUAUUUUGUGUUUAUUAUGUUUUUACUGUCUUUCCAAAAAAAAAAAACCCUGCCAUAUGGAAAGUGGAGUGGUUUCCUUGGUGAUCAUAAAACUGCCUUACUGUCUCUGCGGAGAGCUUGUUGUAUCUAUGGAGCUUGUGACUGCUUAUAAAGCCCUGGUCCACCACAAUGUGCAUUUUCUAUAAAGGACCAAAAGAGGUUCUUUUUCAGCAGUCUGUGUUGUUUAUGUAUGUACUCCUUCUCAAUACAUGUUAGAAUUCUCAUACUUUGCAGAGAAACUUGACAUCUGAAAUUCUAUCUGAAGUUACUUUGGAUUUGAUGUCUUAGCUGUUUAGGUACAUGGUUUAUAUAACCAAGUGUCUUCACAUUCAGGCUUUCUUAAAAAAAUGAUACAGACAUUUAUUUUUGAAAAUGUUGGCACAUUUCGGCCACUCUCUGAAAUAUGAAUGGGAGGUGCUUUUUCUAAUAUUCUCUGACAAUAAAAUAAGCAGAACAGUAGACUAUUAGACUAGAUGAGUUCUGCAAAAUAUGACCACAAUCACCAAAUCUAUUUAAGAUGCAGCCAUGAGAGGGAACAGCGACUUACAUUCAUAUGGCUCCUGGUGUGUUUACUGUAAAGUGUAUCUGAGCAGAGUUGGAAUCUUGACAGCAGAUAUAACGCAUUCUAUCCUGCAGACAUGUCACAUCUGUUUCUGUUCUUACUUCAUUUUCUUAAUCGAGAUAUUUGGACAUUCUCCUGUCAUCUUGCUGUUCUGCUGUAUCUUUUGCCUACUUGCCAUCUUUUUUAUAUCACUAUUCAUUUGCUUAUUUUUCUCCUCUUCAGCUGUUUGCUUUCUCGCCUCUGAGGAGCAAAGCAACUGUUAGCUUUUCUCCUCUCUUUCGUCUGUAAAGUAUUUGGUUUCGGCUUACCCUUGCUCUUUUCCUGGGAGAUGGCAGAGGCUGUUUUUAGAGAGCUUGGAAGAUUUGACGGAGGAGGAAAAUAUUUAUGGUUAUUUUUAAAUUAGAUUUUUUGUUAUCUCUCUCAAAUAUCUGGAUAAAUCAAGCAGGCCUGCCAUUCACAUCAUACAAACAGUACAAACUGUUAAAUGUGCUGUUCAAAGUGCGCACUGCAACUGUGAUCCUAACAAAAAUGCACACAGGCACACACCCAGACACACAAACACACACACACACAAACACACAAACACCUGGGCACUUCAGCAGCACACUGCCUUUCAUUUAAAUGCCCCUUAAAGGUAAAGUGAAGGCUAAAAGAGAGGGCGAAACACACAGACAAAUGUGACACUUCCACACUUGUCUUCAUGGUUUAUUUUCUUUUUAUCUCAUUGUGCUCAGUCUUCAUGCUGGAUCAAGCAUUCUCUACACUCCCUCUCUCCCUCUCUCCCUCUCUUGAUUCGCUUUCAUGCCCUCAUUGUUUUACAAAACAAUUCCUUUCUUCCUUUAUUUAAUUUAUGUUUCCUCUGUACUAUAGAUUUAAUUCCAACUCACAUUAAACCUCAAUUGCUGUGGUCUCUCUUUUAUUUGGGCAUUAAUUAAAACAAAAUGCAGAGGUCACCCCAGGAUUCUGUCUUUUACUCAGUCUGGCUGCCACAAACAGUCACUGUCACAGUUCAGGCACAUUUAAAGUGCUGUCCCCUCUAAUGGUGUUCCCCUGGCCUGGCCACUGUCUGUACACUCACAAAUUGUGGGCAGGAAAUGAGCUGGGACCAGUGGAUGGAAGGUACUCUUUAAAGCCAUGGCCCCUCUCUCAGGCUAUUUGCUGUCUAAUAGAGCAGAGGCUACUGCUGAGGUCAACACAUAGUUGGAGAUUGAGCAUAAUGUAAGGCCUCUCAUUAUUGUCUAAUUACACACUGUUGGCAUCAUACACUCUUGGCAAUGCAUUACUCAAAUCUAGAGUGGGUCAUUUUUGCCCACUUGAGACUGUUGGUUUUACCAAGUGAUUAGGACAGGGCCUUGUUGAAUGUGGCUAACCGCCUCUGGUCUCUGACUCACACUGAUGCAGGUGCACACAGACUCAGACAGCCACUGCUUCACACACAUAGAGACAACAUGCCAUUUUGGUUAGUUAAAACAAGCACCCAAUGUUUGUCAGUGUCGUCCCCUCACCCCCAAGCCCACACUGAUAGCAUAGGGCUCCACGCUACAAUGGGCAACUGGUGAAAAGACCAGAGACAUUCAUUUGUAUGGAUUAUUUCAACUGCUAUUGUCUAAAGGCUGUGUUCAUUGUGAUCUAUCUGAAAAAAAGAUGAAAAGAUCAAAUAAAAAAGCAAUUACUAAUAA